AUGGUUUCUUCGGACGGUCCUCUUGACAAUGCAACAAUUGCUUCAUAUGAAGAUUUGAUUGGUUUACAUAUUGUUAACACAUCUCUUGGUGCAAUAUCCACCCUGGUCAAUAUCCUGCUUCUCGUCAUUUUUCUGUCUUAUCGACCAUUUAGAACACGAUAUGUGGUGAGUGAAAAAAUUCUGAAACUUGAUUGUGAGCGAAAGGUUUCCAAGUUUUGGACCAUAAUUUUUAAACUUUGAUUCUAAAUUUGAUUUAAAAUUUGAAAACUCGUUCCAACUGUUCACUAUGAGUGAGUAUUUCAUUUCCUGGUUCCCAUCAAAAGUUCAUUUUGGCGGCGUCAUUUCAAAACCAAAGUUCUCACAGUUAGUGCGAUCAGAUUUCAAAAGACACCCCUGCAGAUAUAUCUUGUGUAUUGCUGCUAUUUUUCGGGCAAAAAGGAAGAAGAAAGUCUCGCGAAUAUGAGUACUUUAAUUUGUACAUGAAAUAUGAGAUGAUGUGAUUCACAAACAUUUAUGGGGUGAUUCAGUCGAAUUAAUCGACGUGAAUUUGUCAAUUAAUUGACAAAAAAAUCGAGUCUUUUAGGGCGAUUAAUUUCACGUUUUUGUCAAUUCCUCGCUUUCAUUUCUUGGCAAAAAAUGCGAUUAGUUGCAUGAAAAUUCGAAUUUAUUUGACCUAUAUUUUAAAACGUGACCUAUAUGAGUUGGAAUUAUCAACAAAAAAAAAUCAAUUUCCCUCAAUUUUCUUUCAUUUCGAAAUGAAUUCAAAAAAUAAGCAGUGAAUUUAGAACACGUUUCGAAAAAAAGGUCAAAUAAAUUCUAUUUCGUAUUGAAAUUCCUCAUUUUUGUAUGCAAAUAAUUGCAAAAAAAGAUGGAAUUAAUCGACAAAAACGUGAAAAAAUCGCACAAAAAUGACUCGGAUUUUCUGUCAAUUAAUCGUCAAAAAAACGAAUUGAAUCACCCCAUUAUCAAACAUCAAUCAAUUUCUUUCAGUUACUCAUUCUUCUCAACAUGGGAGAUCUAAUAAACAGUAUGGCAAUUGUAUUAAUGGGUCUCAAUCGAGUUGAAUUGUAUUCAGAGGUCAUUGAAACAAAACAAAUGCCACAAAGGUAUCCAAUUGAUUGUGCACUCGAAUUAUGGCUCAUUAUGAAGCUCAUAGGUAUGUAUAUCCUAUCAAAAUUACAUCCUCAUCCUUUUAUUCAAUUUCAGGUGAUAUUCUUAUCCCUGUUGCCACUUUCUGGAUGGGUGUUGAGAGACUUGUCGCAAUUUUGUACCCAAUAUUUUAUCGUUUCUCGGUUGAUGGAAAAGCAGUGAAGUAAGUUUUUCUAACAAAACAUUUCAUGUAUAUUAGUCUUAUUCAGAUACCUUGUUGUUCCCGGAAUUAGUAUCUUCUUCGUAAUUUGCUCAAUAGCAGUUGCGUUUUACUUGUCAUUUAUGGAAGGAACCGAUCAUUUUGCUCAGUUUCAUUGUGGAAGAAAGGCUGCUUUUGGUCAAGGUUUUGGCGUGUUUAUUUAUGUUUGUAAUAUAACAUGCAAUGUUGCUGCAACUGUUUUUGCCACAGCUGCAUAUUUCAAAGCGUUGAAACUUUCAAAAACACAGUAAGAAUUUUAAUUUUUUGAAAAUCAAGGAAUAUCCAAAAUUUUCAGACCACGCAUGCAACGUCAAGUCAAUGUUAUAAGAUACUAUCUUUUGAUUACUGUACUUUCCACACUUCUUGUUUCACUUCCAAAUGCAAUUGCUCUUUUUCAGAUCUACGUUGAGAAAGUGAGUGAUUUACCCUAACUUGUAAUAAAGUUUAUUUUAAAUUUUCAGGUUAGUGAUCUAUUGUCAAAGCCAGCAUAUUGGAUGCAAACAAUUAACAGUGGAAUACAUUUUUUCGUUUAUUUGGCUUUGAACAAAGAAUUCCGCGGGAGAACUUUGAGGAUGUUUCAUUUAUCGAAUAGUGAAGAGAUCUCAUUGAGCAGUGAGUUUUUUUGAGGAAUAGGGAAGGGUGGGAAAGGUUUGGCUUGAAUAUCUUCAUAGCCCUUCCUCUCCGAUCUGUGCCUAAUUAUAUUCAUCAAUUUUUCAGAAAAACAUUCACCUGAUGGAUGUGAAACACCGCUUCGAGGAUCUGCGCGAACAUUAACAGCCCGAACUUCAUGA